UUUUAACACAGCCAGGAGCCAGCUGGUUUGUUGUUUGUCAUAUACUGUAACACACGUUAAAUACGGGUGUGUCCAUUCAACUACAUUCAGUCCGACUGUUCACCUGUUACUGAAACCAUGCUCCACUUCAGACUCAGCAGCACACUGUUAUUGGCAGUGACCUGUUCGCUCGUGACAGCAGACGUGUCCACAGAAACAGUUAUCACCUGUGACAAUGGCAACGACGUCCAACGUCUAAGCUGUGACACUGGAGUGAUCAGAGUGACGGCUGCUCUGUAUGGACGAGCAGACAGAGAGACCUGCGGUGAAGGAAAACCUCCACAACAGCUUAGCAACACAAAGUGCUCUCAGCAUGGGACUGUGGACGUCCUCAGGAAAAGGUGUGAUGGAAAGAAAGUGUGUGAACUAAACACAAACGUCAUCCGUACUACUGAUCCCUGCUAUGGCAUCUUUAAAUAUCUGGAGACCAACUACACCUGCUUCCCAGCAAAUCACUUGGUUACAUGCGAGCACUCUUCAGCACACCUGCACUGUGAUGAAGGGCAGGUUAUUUUUGUGUAUGGUGCUGAUUAUGGACGCCGUGACCGAACCACAUGCUCUUACCAACGUCCCACCUCUCAAAUCCAAAAAGUCCUGUGCUCAAAUCCCAUGAGCAAAGUGGCUGAAAUCUGUAAUGGGAAGAACAGCUGCACUAUCAGAGCAAGCAACUCAGUGUUUGGAGACCCCUGUUACGGCACUUACAAGUACCUGGAGGUGGCUUACGUAUGUCAAUAUCCUGUGUGAACAUGUUACAGGUCUCAGGCCGAGUACCGGUUAACAGAUAAGGUUCCUGUAAAACAGGAGAAAUAAUGAGACAGGCGACCAUUGCUUCUGUUCAGUGCAUCUUCGCUCAGUAGAAUG